AUUUUUUCCCCCCAGUCAGCUCAGCAGGCAGGCCAACUGGAACCUCCAGAGAAGUUCCCAGAGUUCCAGAGUGCUGCUGUUGUCGGAGUUCCGGGGUUCUCUGUUGGCUGGCUAUCUGUCUCAUGGUUUGCUGUACAGGUCCUGCCCUCCGCACAGCUGCUGUCCUGGGAUACCACUCACUGUCCAUGAUUUGGUUACUUUAGCUUCCCCAUCUUUGGGUCCAGAAUGGGGACCGAUUUGACUUACAAUUUUGUCUUCAAGGUGGUGCUCAUUGGGGAGUCGGGAGUGGGGAAGAGCAACCUGCUGGCGCGCUUCACCAAGAACGAGUUCAACCACGACAGCCGCACCACCAUCGGCGUGGAGUUCAGCACCAGGAGCAUCCAGGUGGACACCAACGUCAUCAAGGCCCAGAUCUGGGACACGGCUGGCCUGGAGCGCUACAGGGCCAUCACCUCCGCGUACUACAGAGGUGCUGUGGGGGCUCUGCUGGUGUACGAUCUCACCAAGCACCUGACGUAUGAGUACGUGGAGCGAUGGCUGAAGGAGCUGUACGACCACGCUGACCCCCACAUCGUGGUCAUGCUGGUGGGCAACAAGAGCGACCUGGAGGCCCAGAGAACCGUGCCCACCGAGGAGGCCAAGGCCUUUGCAGAGAGUAAAGGCCUACUGUUUAUGGAAACGUCAGCAUUGGAGUCCACAAAUGUCGAAGCUGCCUUUCUUGAAGUCUUAACAGAGAUCCACCGGAAGGUGACCAGCCGCCAGGUGACGAGGGGAUCCAUCAGUGCCGUGACCCUGGCCGCCCCCAUGGGGCCCACCAGCGAGGCCCAGACCAAAAGUGGAUCCUGCUGCUCCGGCUCCUAAUGACCACCUGGGGUUCCUUUCUCGAAAGCGUAGUUGUUAGCCUGUUAGCAACUUCGGUAGUUGCCAAUGGGAAAUAGCAUUGUGAACAACAAAGUAGCUAAUGUGGUUAGCAUCUAUGGUUUCGAGAAAUUCACCCCUGGUCCAGAUCCUAAGGAUCCCUGCUCCUGCCUGCCUAGUCCUUGUUUGCUAAUCCGCACACACUGUAUUUUUUUCUAAUCAAUGUACAUAAAUUAAGUAAAUAAAUAUCUGAGAUGGUUUAAGUUCUUAAAUGUGUGCUUUCUGGUGGUGAGUGCAGCUACAUUCCUAUAGAGGGCAGCACUAGCUUGUGUCACGAAUUUGUCUGUCUCAUGAACACACGCUUAGGCCUACAAUACAGACACACAGGGUACAUAUUCCAAUAUCUUAACUCCCGUCCUCAACCUGUGCUUGUCACCUCACGCUUCACUGACGGCCUGCCUCCAUGGAGAAAACAAUAACGUCUCCCUGCUGUCAGCCAGGCCAAGCCACAACAACGUGGGGGAGAUGCAAAUGAGAAAAAUGAUCUUUGAAUAGUGCUUUUGAUAUUCAUUAAUUAAACUUGUUGAAAAUGACGUUUUGCAACGUCAUCACGAGGUCACAAGCACAAGGGAAG